AAAACAUAAUUUGAUCAAAAAAAAGAAAAAAACAUAUUUGGGGGAUUUUUUGAGCUUUCUCCAUCAUCAACAUCCAUCCGGUCAAGAAAAGAAAGCCUCUCGCUCUCUCUAUUGUAUAUUUAUUCCUGUAACAGAGGAGGUGACUUCUUCUUCUUCUUCGAGCUGCAGAUACAUCAGAAGCUAUAUAUUUUGAGCCAUGAGCACAGCGACCAGGACUUCUUCAGUGGUGACGACAACAACCUCUGUCAUCUUAGAAAACCCUGUCUCUCAGUCCCAACCUACCGAAAGAUUAGUGCUUCUGCUGAACAGGAAGAAGAAGAAAGUCUCGUGGAAAGAAGGGACUGUUGAUAACGAGUUCAUGCAGAAGAAGAGUUCCAAGAAAUGUUGCAUCUUUCACAAACACAAGCCCUUUGAUCUGGAUGACAGCGAAGAAGAAGAUGAAGACCAUCACCACCACCAUCAUCAUAACCAUGAACACUGCGAAUCUGGUGAGGCCUCUUCCUCUUAACGAUUCUAAAGCAGUUGACUAAAUCAAUCUUGGGGGGGUUUUCAAUCACAAUAUAUAGAGAUAUAUUUGAAGGUUUUGUAAUAGAUCAUGUAAUGACAUUAUUCGUGGCAAUGUUGAAUUUUAACAUCUUGAAAGCUG